ACCCAUUCGAUGUUUACAAAACAUCAUAGUUCGGCCUCGGCACUGCGUGUUUUCUAGAAUGAACGGCGGUGUAUAUCAACCGCUCGCCUCUUCUUAGUUUCUUAGCAACAACAAUUUACCAAUUAGCAAUUCCUGCCUGCCGCGGGUCCGAGUCCACGUCUCGCGGUAGGGGCAACGCUUACAAGGCUCCUGCCCCGUCCCCAGUCACGUCAGUCGGUCUAAGCAGCCGGUCAACGAUACAACAACAAACUAUUACAAUAACAACAACAAUAAUAACAACACUAUAGCGAGAAACUUUCGCCUUUUGCAAAGGAAAAGAGAAAUCGACGACAGAGACGGAUUUUGCAUUUAGUCUCAUUUGCGACGACGACAAUCAUGGAGGAGAAGCAGGCUCCCGAAUCGAUGGCCACCGUCACCAUUAAGCCGGAGUACCCGCCCUCUGAGUACUGCUCUUCUGAACCACCACCGGCUUACCAUAAACCACAGAGUUCUGCAGUACAAGUGGCCAAAAUCGUAGCCGUAACUAUUGUCCUGGUGUCUUUCGUGCUCGGUAGUUUCCUGCUAGCUUCUGCCUACGUCACAGCUAACGCUUCCUGUAGGCAGCUGGAGCAAGACCUCGAGCUGCUGAGCGAGGUAGCUGACAAAUUCGACGGACAGAAUCAGGGACCACUUCAACCAGAAGCUUUAAUCCAGGAAGAACCAACGGCUAAAACUAGCAAUAAACGCCAAGUCGACGCCUUGAAGAAAGAGGCUUCAAAGACCAAAGAGAUUGAAGAUAACAAUAUCGACAGCUCAGACAGUAGCAGUGAUGACUCGUCCAGUGAAUCAGAGGAAGAACCAAAAGUUCAUUUCAAAUUACCCCUUCAAUUGGACUUCGACGAUCUUGCUGGAACUCUCAUUGCCAAAAACCAGAGAUCUAAAAUGAACUGUAUCGUUGAGAAGAAACGUGCCGAAGAAGUCGUUGACCACCAACCCAAGACUUUAAGAUUACCUUUCGGAGUUAACCUUACCACUGACCCAAGAUUCGAAAGGCUUACUGGUGAAAGAAUGGUCAUCAUCUGCGAAAGUGGCCAUAUGCAAAGUGCUCAACCUCCACAACAAGAAAAAGCUCAAUCUGAUGAAGACGAUGAUGAUGAUGACAGCGAUCAAGAAACUAUCAUGAUCCAACCUGUUAUGAUUCCUAUUCCACCAACUAACUUCCAAACACACAUGCCUCAACAAAUGGCUCCCAUGCCUGUCUCUAUGCAAUCUCAAGCUCAGAGCCAACCCCAAAUUCAAAUUCGUCCUCUCCACCCCAUGGAACAAAUGAGACCACCAAUGCCACCAAUGAGACAACCCAUUCAACCUAUGAGACCUCCUAUGGAACAAAUGAGACCCGAAAUGGUUAGAUUCCCAAUGAGACCACCCAUGGACAGACCCAUGAUGGAACAAGAAAGACAACCCUUCGAACAAAUCAUCGCCUACAGACAAAACGAGGAGCCUGUCAGAAAUAGCAUUGAGUACCAAAGACCACCCCAAGAAAUCGAACAACAAAGAACAAUGAUGGUUGUUCCUCAACAGGUUCAUAUCCGUUUUGAACCUCAACAACCACAACAGCCUCAACAACAACAAGACUCCGACACAUCUCCAAAUCCUUUGAUUCAACACAUCAUUCAACAAAUCAUCGCGCAAAAGAUCAUGGACAUCCGCAAGGCUCAAGAGCAAGAACAGCAACAGGUUCAAGAAACAAGAGAGCGCAACUUUGAGCCACCAAGAAUGAUGAAUGUACCUAAUGUACCUGAAAGGCCAGUCCCCCACCCAAUGAUUCCAAUUCCUGAAGAAGUAUUAUCUCAUUUGAACAGAUUGCCCAACAAUGAGCGUGUCAUUGUCGCUGUAUCUGAGCCUGAUUCCUCCGAAGAAGAUUCAUCUUCUUCCUCUGACGAAUCUAGUGCAUCCCAAAGCGCUUCUCAAGAGACUGCUCCUCAACAAACUCAAGAGCAAAAGCCACAAGACCCAGAAAUGGUCGGCAGAGAAGCUUAUAUCAGAAGAUUGCCAGUUAAUAUUCCUGUAAAUAUGAUGCAAGAACAGGACCAAGAAUCUCAGGGAUCUGCUGCUGAAGAGACCCGUCCCCAUUAUGUCCAACCCAGAUCUGUAUCAGUCGAAGCUCCCAAAUCCAGAGUAACCAGGUCUGCCAACCCACUCGUUCCUGAAAAGAGAGUGAAACGCUGUGCCUGCGAAUGUGCUUGCUAAAUCACGAUAAAACAUCAGUAAUUAAAUAAAAUUAUACAUCACUAUUUUGUAUACAAAUUUACUAAAAUGAAUAUAUUACUAUUGUAGAUUUAGUUAAGGUACUUAGAGCUUCUAGAUUAAAAAAAGAAUCUAUAAUUAUAUUUUAGCAACUAUCUAAAAAGUAUGUAAAUAAACAAUCUUUAUAACGUGCUAACGAUAAUAAAAUUCUUUUUUAGCAUUAAGGUUGUUAAUUUAGUUAUGUGUAAAUAGAUUUUCUUUUGAAACAAAAAUCGGUCAAUAUAAUUGUGAUAGUAUCAAUUUGGGUGUUUUGUAAAAAACAGUAUUUUUAAUAAUAAACAAAAUUUUAUUUUG